AAGCAAUCGAGAUUAUGACCGGCUGAGCCGGUCAAUGCAUUGAGCACUAGCGCAGCAGGUGAAAAAAGGAAAACGAUCCACUUCUACGCACAACACAAAAAUAAAAUUGAAAUUAGGGUUUUGUUCGUAUCAAAUUGAAGCGCUUCGUAAACAAAAUAGGAGGAGAUUCUCAAGAUUGCGUGCUUCUCUCUCUUCGUUGACUUGAUUUGAAGGUUAUCCGUUAAAUUUAUCUUCAACUCGAGUGAUUUUCGUGUUCAGUAAUCAGCAUUGCCAAAAAUGUUGCCGCCACGUCAGCAACCAAGAUCGGGAGUACUGCACACAUCUCUCUCCCUUGUUCCAGCAGACGGCUCAAAUUCUGAUCAGGUCCGAGACUCACCCACAGAAAGUGCUAGCUCACGCGAAACCUGGCCCACAUCUGAUGCUUUGAUGCUAUCCAAACAGCAGCAGUUAGAGAGGGAAAAAGCGAAGGAACGUGAAAACGGUUCUGCUGAACAUUCCGUUAUCCGCCAUAUCUCAUCUUCGGAUAAAAUGUCUCUUAGAGAUAUAACUAAAGAGAGAGUUGAUGUAAUUGCGGAGCGAAUGCAUCAUCUCCCUGAUGACUUUUUGGAUAAACUAAAAAACGAACUUCGUGGUCUUAUUGAAGGAAUGGGCGGUCCUCAACAUAGAGAGGAAUAUAUUUCUCUUCAAAAAGCAGUUCUAAGUAGGCCCGACUUAACAGAAAAAACACUUAUCUUAGCACACCGUGGACAGCUAGAGAUAUUAGUUGCUAUCAAAACCGGUAUUCAAGCGUUUCUACAUCCGACUGUCAGUCUAUCUCAAGCUUCUCUCAUUGAGAUAUUUCUAUACAAAAGGUGUAGAAACAUAGCAUGUGGAAACUCAAUUCCAGCUGACAACUGUACUUGUGAAAUUUGCUCAAAGAGGAACGGUUUCUGUAACCUAUGCAUGUGUGUGAUAUGUAGCAAGUUUGACUUUGAAGUCAAUACGUGUAGAUGGAUUGGGUGUGAUUCGUGUUCACACUGGACUCACACAGAUUGUGCAAUACACAAUGCACAAAUUGGCAUGGGGUCCACUGUAAAUGGAGGAAGCUCAGGUGAAAUGCUGUUUAGGUGUCGAGCAUGCAUGAGGACAUCAGAGUUAUUUGGGUGGGUCAAAGAUGUUUUUCAUCAUUGUGCGCCGUUGUGGGACCGAGAAGCUUUGGUUAGAGAACUUGAAUAUGUGAGUAGGAUUUUUCGUGGAUGUGAGGAAUCGAGAGGAAGGAAACUGUAUUGGAAAUGCGGAGAACUUGUUGAAAAGUUAAAAAGCGGGGUCGCUGAACCACUGGCUUCCAAAGCAAUACUGUCAUUUUUUCAAGAGUUUGACAUAGACCCAACAAAGCAUCAAGAAGGUGGUGAAGGUCGACUGAUGGCCCCACAAGAAGCAUUUAACCGGAUCGCGGACGUUGUACAAGAAGCAAUUAAAAAGAUGGAAAUGGUGGAAGAAGAGAAAAUACGCGUCACAAAAAAAGCUCGUUUAGCUCUGGAGGCAUGCGAUCAAGAACUCAAAGACAAAGCCCGUGAAGUAGCCGCACUUAAAAUGGAAAGACAAAAGAAAAAACAGCAAGUCGACGAGUUGGAAAGCAUUGUGAGGCUUAAACAGGCGGAGGCCGAGAUGUUUGACCUCAAAGCCAGUGAAGCUAGACGCGAAGCCGAACGACUGCAGAGAAUCGCGCAAGCUAAAGCUGAGAAAUCUGAAGAAGAUUACGCAAGCAGGUAUUUGAAACAACGGUUACACGAAGCCGAAGCUGAAAAACAUUAUUUGUUUGAGAAAAUGAAGCUGCAAGAGAGUUCAUCAAGAGCAUCACAAAGCAGUGUUGGUGUGAGUGAGCCAUCACAGAUGAUGAUGUAUAAUAAGAUUCAGGAUUUGCUCAAGAACAUGUAUACUACGCCUUCUAAAGGAGAUGGUCAAUCUGGUGACAUGCGGUCGCUUGGUUCUGUUUGAGUAAGUUUGGUGUUGGUUGUUCUAAUUUUCUUUAUAAUGUUUAAUAUCAUUAUAACCAAUACUCUAAGUUGCAGUAACUUUGUACUUGUUAUGUUGUUGUUAUUUAAGUGUUGCAAUUAAUCAUCAGAGUGAGGAUUACCUGAAUUAAUGUAUUUUUUUGGUUUUAUAA